UGUGGGUGGCAGGUGUAACCCCCUGACAGGUCUCUUAUUUUUCAAAGUUAACAAAGAUGGCACUAGAAUUUGUGACCUUAGGAAGGAGUGGCAAGUCAGUUAUCCUGGUAAUAACUGAAUCAUUACUGUAUGUGUGUGUGUGUGUUCACAAAAGAUAAUGUAAAAAGGUUGGGCAGUAGUUUCUAAACAAUCCUGUUCGUCAGAAGGUUAUUAUACCACCUUUGGGUUUGGGAGCUCGUAAUCCUGGGUGGUAGUUCACCAGUCAGUGUUUAAUACGGUUAUCACCGUUUUCCUGGGAAUUGUUGUUUUCUUGAAUUUUGGGUAGUUUGGUGACUUCGUGUUACUACAUUGGUCUCUUUUUAAACACUAGAGUUUCACAGGUGAUUUACUCAAAGUGCUUUUUAUUUAGGACUUGCCCAACACAAUUCACAUCGGUGGGAGGAUCGCACCGAAGAUGGUUUGGGAUUAUGUUGGUGAACUCAAGUCUUCUGUGUCUAAGGAGCUCUGUCUGAUCCGCUUUCACCCCCUGACAGAGGAAGACGAGGUUGCCUACGAUUCUCUCUACUCCUACUUUAGCAGUCGUGGCCGUUUUGGUGUUGUACCUAAUAAGACCAGGCACAUCAAGAACCUCUACCUCAUUCCACUGGGUGCUAAGGACCCUAUUCCAUCCGCACUGUUGCCCUUUGAGGGACCAGGUAAGCACCAGCUUUCUGGGUGGCAAUUACGAGCAUGUGAUACCCACACGUAUUCUCCCCUGACAUGGAGUCCUGCUGAGUUGGGAUCCUGUACGGGCCCCUCCACUUCCUGGGCUUGUGUCGGGGGCUGGAAUCCAUCACCCCCAGCAUGGCCCAGGCACCGACUGGAGGCCACUCUUAACACCUGGCAGGGGAUUGGCUCAUGUCAACUUUUUAGAAUUAAAUUCCCACAGAAGAAUUGAUUGGUAUCA